AUGGCUUCCUUUCCGACCGCCGUACGGUCUAGUCGAAAGCUGGCCUUGAAUUUAAACCAGAAUCUGAACCAGGCCCGACGCAUUUCCGAUUUAACAAUCACCCGCACCGGCAAACCCAUCCUCCGCGUACAAGGUGGCAGAUCUUCUCUCGGAGGUCAUACUGCGACGGUAUUUGGCGCAACGGGACAGCUCGGAAGAUAUAUCGUCAACCGAUUAGCCCGUCAAGGAUGUCAGGUCAUCAUCCCUUCCGAGAAGAUGGCCAAGCGCCACCUUAAGGUUACCGGUGAUCUAGGUCGCGUCAUCUUCCUCGAGUACGAUCUAUACAACACCGAAUCGAUCGAGGCGAGCGUUAGGCACUCCGAUAUCGUAUAUAACCUUGUUGGCCGGAAUUACCCUACCAAGAACUACAGCCUAGAGGACGUCCACGUUGAGGGUACCGAGCGCAUCGCCGAGGCCGUUGCGAAAUAUGACGUCGACCGCUACGUCCACGUCUCAUCUUAUAACGCCGACCCCAACUCACCCUCCGAAUUCUUUGCGACCAAGGGAAGAGGUGAGCAGGUUGCUCGAAGUAUCUUCCCGGAGACUACCAUCGUCCGGCCGGCACCCGUAUUCGGGUUUGAAGAUAACCUUCUCCACCGGUUAGCCGGCAUUACCAACCUAUUCACGUCGAACAACAUGCAAGAGAGAUAUUGGCCCGUUCACUCGAUUGACGUGGGCCAAGCUCUGGAAGCUAUGUUAUAUGAUGACAAUACGGCAGGACAGACCUACGAGCUUUACGGACCUAAGAAUUACUCGACUGCCGAAAUUGCCGAGUUAGUCGAUCGAGAAAUCUACAAGAAGCGAAGGCAUAUCAAUGUGCCCAAAGCCAUCUUGAAGCCCGUGGCCAAUUUGCUCAACAAAGCAUUAUGGUGGCCAGUGCUUUCCGCAGAAGAUGUAGAUAGGGAGUUUAUCGACCAAAAGAUAGACCCUACCGCUAAGACUUUUGCCGACCUAGGCAUCACGCCGGGCGAUAUUAGCAACUUCACAUACCACUACUUGGAUAUCGUAGCUCGGCAUUCUAUGAUCUUCCGCCAGCGGACGGAGAAGAGAGAGGGAAGACAAAAGUACGUGCACGUAUUAGACGAACAAUAA